AUGGGCAUCCCCUCCGACGCCAGCGCCUCAUCCAAGAUGACCUAUCGCUUCCUGGGUGACACAGGUCUGCUCGUGUCGAAGCUCGGACUGGGCACCUUCAUGAGCGACGAAAGCAAGUACGAGGGCGGUUUCUGGUACGAGGUCAUGACGUUGGCCUACAGGCACGGCGUCAACUUCUUCGACUCGGCCGAGGGCUACGGCCACGGCAAGGCCGAGGUGAUGCUGGGGAAUGCCAUCAAGAGAGGCAUCGCCGAAGGAGUCUGGAGUCGCGAGGACCUCGUGAUCUCAACCAAAAUCUUCGGGGGCACCAAGCCCGGACCGAACGCCAUGGGGGUCAACCGCAAGCACGUCCUCGAAGGCAUUAGGGCGUCGCUAAAGCGCCUGGAGCAGGACUACGUGGACGUCAUCUUCUGCCACCGAUCCGACCCGCACACGCCCAUCGAGGAGACUGUGCGCGCCAUGAACUACGUGAUCGACCAGGGGUGGGCCUUCUACUGGGGCACCAGCGAGUGGAGCUCGGCCGACAUCAUCGAGGCCUGCGAGAUCGCCGACCGCCUCGGACUCAUCCGACCGGUGGUCGAGCAGCCGCAGUACAACAUCCUGGAGCGAUCGCGGGUGGAGUUUGACCUGGCCAAUCUGUACCAGAAGUACAAGCUCGGUCUCACCACGUGGUCGCCGCUGUCGAUGGGGAUUUUGACGGGCAAAUACAGCGCUGGCAAGCCCGAAGGCUCGCGCUACGCGUCCCCUAUGUUCAAGGAAGGGUGGCUGGCGGCGGGGUUUGCCGAGAAUGUCGAGAUCGCCGACAAACUGAAGCCCAUCGCAGCAGAGCUGGGGUGCUCGCUCGCCCAAAUGUCCAUCGCCUGGGCGGUGUCCAACAAGAACGUGUCGACUGUUCUGCUGGGAGCGAGCCGCGCGGAGCAACUGGUGGAAACGCUGAAGGCGGUGGAGUUUGAGAGCAAGAUCACGCCCGAGGUGAAGGAGAAGAUCGACGCCGUCGUGAAUUUUGUGCCCAAGCUGCCGGAGCUGGACCCGUUUGCUCUUGCGCGCAGCCGCUACCUGUAG